UGUAGAAGAGGCAAUGACAUGAAUGUCUCUGGGCUGAGGGGGCCAGUAUGCCUGUAGAACUCAGGUUAUCUGUGGACACUGUACCUUGAUGUCUUGCAUAUUGUGUGUUUAUGUGGACCUUAGUGUCUCAGAUGUGUGGGGUGGUGUUAUCUUGGAAGUAGUGAAGUGCCCUGUCUCAAGUAUAUGUAUGUGAGAGGGUAUGUGGCAGUUAGCCUGGGUGUUUUAUGGCAGCAUACUAGAACAUCUCAUGUAUCUGGGUGUCUUUGGCAUCUUUGGCAACUUUUGUAACAUAUCUGUAGGUCUCGUGUGUGUGUGUGUGUCUGUGUGUGUGUGUGUGUGUAUAGCAGUCUAUCUGGGUGUGGGAGGCAGUGUACCUUCAUGUGUGUGCAUGCAUGUGUAUGAGUACCUGCAUGUCUGAGAUAUGGUAUGGUUAGCACAUCUGGGCAUCUCUAGUGUGUAUGUGGUAGGUCAAAAUGUCUCAUGUGUAUGAAGUGUCUCAGAUGUAUGAGUGAAUAUGUGCAGUGUCUGCAGUGUCUCUGGGUGUCCUAGGGGUAUAGGAGCACUGUGCCAUAAUAUCCCAAGAGUGAGCAGGGCAACAUGCCUGAAGUCUUCAGUGCUAAAAUCUCAAGCAUGAGGAGGGUAGGUUUCUCAGUGGUGAGGAGGGUAGAGGACCUCAGUCUUGAGCAUUGGGAGCAUUAUUUCCGGGGUUUGUGUGUGUAAGUGGCAGGAUACCUGGCUGACUCUAAUUCGUCUCUCCUUCUGUACCUGAGUAUUUCUGAUGGGUUGAGGGUGGAGCUGGCAACUAUUCCUCUCGUGUCUGAGGGUCUCAGGUGCCUACCCUGGACUAUGAGUCUGGAGGAGAGUGUGCCAUCCUUAGGAGUUCCUUCUCCAGACAUGCUCCCAGAGGCAAGCUCCCUGUGGCUGCUGAGGUUACUCCGGGACAUCCAGCUGGCCCAGUUUUACCGACCCAUCCUUGAGGAGCUGAAUGUUACUCGACCAGAGCACUUUGAGUUUGUAAGACCUGAGGACCUGGACAGCAUUGGCAUGGGCCGCCCUGCCCAGCGCAGACUAGCUGAGGCUCUGAAGAGGCAUCGUUCAGGGCACAAGCCUAAGAACUGGGUCUACAAGAUCCUUGGGGGUUUUGUCCCUGAGCAGGAGACCACCCCAUCCUCAGACAGUCCUCAGUCCCUCCCUGAGCCAGAGGGGGGACUCAAGUGUCUGAUCCCAGAUGGUGCUGUGUGCAGAGGGGAGCUGCUGGGCUCCGGCUGCUUUGGUGUGGUGCACCGAGGACUGUGGACAUUGCCCAGUGGCCAGAGUGUCUCAGUGGCUGUCAAGUCUCUCCGGGUGGCUCCCGAAGGCGCUGUGGGCACAGAGCUGGGGGACUUUCUGCGAGAGGUGUCUGUCAUGAUGAACUUGGAGCACCCACACUUGCUGCGUCUGCAUGGGCUCGUACUGGGCCAGCCUCUGCAGAUGGCGCUGUUCCCUCCGCAGGUGAUGGAGCUGGCGCCGCUGGGCUCUCUGCACGCGCGCCUAACCGCGCCAGCCCCUACACCCCCGCUGCCCGUGGCCCUGCUCUGUCUCUUCCUGCGGCAGUUGGCGGGGGCCAUGGUGUACCUGGGGGCCCGGGGGCUGGUGCACCGCGACCUCGCUACGCGCAACCUGCUGCUGGCUUCACCGCGCAUGAUCAAGGUGGCCGACUUCGGGUUGGUGCGGCCGCUGGGCGGUGCCCGGGGCCGCUACGUCAUGGGCGGGCCCCGCCCCAUCCCCUACGCCUGGUGUGCGCCAGAGAGCCUGCGCCAGGGGGCCUUCUCUUCUGCGUCAGACGUGUGGAUGUUUGGGGUGACGCUAUGGGAGAUGUUCUCCGGGGGCGAGGAGCCCUGGUCCGGGGUCCCGCCGUACCUCAUCCUGCAGCGGCUGGAGAAGGACCAGGCCCGGCUGCCUAGGCCUCCCCUCUGCUCAAGGGCCCUCUAUGCCCUCGCCUUGCGCUGCUGGGCUCCCCACCCUGCUGACAGGCCUAGCUUCUCCUACCUGGAGGAGUUGCUGCAAGAGGCCUGGCCUUCUGAGGGACGUUGUGUGAGGGAUGUCACAGAGCCAGGCGCACUGAGGAUGGAGCCUGGUGAUCCCAUCACUAUCAUCGAGGGCAGUGCCUCUUCCCACAACCCCAGCUCUACAACCUGGAAGGGCCAGAAUGGUCGCACAUUCAAAGUGGGCAGCUUCCCAGCCUCCGCAGUGAUAUUGGCAGACAUGAGGGGCUCACCAGCCACCCGUCCAGUCCACAGAGGCUCCCCUGCCCGGGUAGAGCAACACUGCCGUGGAAGCAUAGAUGGGGACAGAGUAAAGGCAAAGCUUCGGGAACUACCUCCAGCACGGGGUCAGAGAAGGAAUGUGCCCCUGCAGAGAAUAAAAGGCAUUUCCAAGAGUCUGGAAUCUGUUCUGUCUCUCGGCCCCUGCCCCACAGGGGGUGGUUCAAGCCCCCCUGAACUUCGACAUGCCAGAGCUGUACCCCAGGGACCUCCAGGCCUGCGACCCUGCCCACCCUUUGCUUCCAACUCUUCUCAGCCCAGCCAGCCUCCCAGGGAGCGGCAUCCCUGGCCCAAAAGAGAACCCCAGCAUAAUCACCCCAUGGGUACACCUGGAGCCAGCAAAGCCACCGUCCACUCUGGAGGCCUCUUGCCUGACUCUGAGUUGCAGAGGAGGGUUAUGGAGGUGGAGCUAAGCGUGCAUGGAGUCACCCACCAAGAGUGCCAGGUGGCACUAAGAGCCACUGGGGGAGAUGUGGUUUCUGCCAUCCAGCACCUCAAGGUAAAACCAGACCCUUCUCUUGGGUUCCCACAUCUCCUGUCCCUCCCCUCUGGUAGUCAGUUACUCUCUCUCCUGCUUCCACAGGUAGACCAGCUCUUCCACCUGAGUAGCCGGUCCAGAGCUGACUGCCGGCGCAUCUUGGAACAUUACCAGUGGGACCUUUCAGCGGCCAGUCGCUAUGUCUUGGCCCAGCCCUGAGCUCUGCUCUCUUGGGCAUGAACACCAGCAUGCACCAAGGGCCUGACCAUGUGGAACUAAGAACUAGAACAAGGUCCUGACAGGGCGGACUUUCCUACAUGAAGAGACCCUGCUAUAGGCAGGUACAAGAGGAGCCCAAGGUCAAGCACUAAUGAGUAUCUCCCUUUGGCCUCUGAGGGCUUGAGCUCCCUUGGCUGGAUAAUGGAAGGAUCUAGUCCAUUCUAGUCCAUUCUGCCCACAUUUCCAACCAAGAGGACUUGAAGGAACAGAGCUGCUACACAUCACAUCCACAGAAAGCUUUUGCUCUUACAGAGAAUGAUCUAGUGGCCAUACUGGACCAUGGGAACAGCCAUCCUGAACUGCCGUUAGCUACCACACUGGUCUCUGUGGGGACAGCCAUCUUGGAUGAUGGAAGCAGCCACACUGGCUUGGGGCACAUGGUCUAAACUACCUUGGCUUGGGCCGGGGCCAUCAUGGGUGAUGAACGUUGCUUUCUUAGAUGCAAGGACACUUGAUCCUGGCAGCAUGGAUUAUGAGACGGGCCAGCCCCUGCCCAGCCCAGCCGUCAUAUUUCCCUUUGUUUCUUCUCACACCAACUCUUCCUACUACCCUCUCCCAUUACAUACAUCUUCUAAUAUCCAAAAAGUUACAAAGUUUAUAUGAAUAUAACAUACAAAGAUGCAGCCUCCUUUGUAGGGUCAGAGAAGGAAGGAAGGGAGGGGUAGUUAAGUAAGGCACAGGAAGCUGCAGCAAGCACCAGCUAUGUGCAGGGCCCAGUGGGGAAAGAAAGCUGGCACUGGGACCUAGGCCCUAGAGGAAAUAGGAAUCCCCUCCAAGUGCCAUGGUCUG